UAUGAUAUAAUUUGAUAACAAUUAAACUCAUCGCCCUUCAAUAGCUCGUUAUGAAUUAAUGACUAGACCUAGCACAACUUCAACAUUUUCUCGAACUUUCCGAAAGACUUAACUUUUAAGAAAGCUGGACAUAGUUUAGUAAACAAAGAAAAAUGAGUUGAUAAAAUUUAUGUGUUCUGCUACAAGAUCUCCUUUGAAUUUUGUAAGCCGAAAUAAACGACAGUAAUCAAUUUCUUGCCAAACUGAGGAAUCUAUGUCAAAUAGAAGAAGAACUUUACAUAGUUGCAGAUAAUUAAUAAAUUCAGAUAGCAAUAACCCAACUUACAGAGUGAAAAUAACUAAUAAUAACCUAAAAAAUAGAAGAUAUUAAUAGAAAGGAUCUUUAGAAAGAUUCAAACUCAUUGAAGUACAGGAUAAUGAUUUUUAAGAUUACAUGCAAAGACAGUUUAGAAAAUAAUAUGAUUGA